AUUCAAACUCCCUCGCUUGAACUACAACGACAUCGCAAACACUUCCGGAACCAUGUACAAGAAACUCAUCAUGCUUCUCUUGACAUCUAUCGCUCUCGCAGCGCCCCUCCCGGGUAACUCGGAUGUCGUCGCCCUUGGAAAACGGAAUGAUGGCGUAGACAUCUUUCAUUCUCUCUGCUUGGAAGACGAUGAAGCGUGCGGGUUUAAAGAAAAGCGUACUGAUAGUACUGGAAUUGUCUUGCCUCCUUGUUUGGACGGCGAGGAAUGCUGGAGCCAAGAAGGAGGAGCAAAGGGCAAGCGUACUGACGGCGUGGGUAUCGUUUUGCCGCCUUGCCUUGAGAACGAUGAUGAGAACUGCUGAGGGAACCGCCACAUUGGGGAAAUAAUG